AGCAUGGUGGCUGGUAAAAGCAAAGCAGAUUCCCUUGUUAACAGUCAGUCACAGGAGAGAGACAGAGGAUGGACAUUAAUCAGAUUCUCAUCAUUGGACUUUUUCUGGUGCCGGCGUGGACGCACGGGAUGCACCAGUGCUAUGAUGAGGACAAGCUGCGUGACGCAGCAGAGAGGAAGCUGAGGAGGCGCUUCCAGCAGCCUGUGGAACCCGUAACUACGGCGGCCCCGGACUCCCCCGCCUCCUGCCCCCUGGAGCUCUACCGGCACAAGACGCCUAAGGACCUCCACGAGAGGUCCCUGUCCCCCUGGAGAUAUGUACGUAAGACAAUGGAGGAUCACUUUCCCUCCACCUACACCGAGGCUCAGUGCCUGUGUUCAGGAUGCAUCCUGAUCCAGGAGAACCGCAACUCAGUGGGGGACAAGAGACAUCCAGUGGAGAGCCACGAUUACAACUCAGUGCCCAUAAAGCAGAGCAGGGUGUUUCUCAAGAGGGAGCUCUGCUACGACAAAAAGAGAUACCAUUUGAAGCCAGUUACUGUGGAUGUAGCUGUGGGCUGCACCUGUGCCAGAGUCAAGACCUCCUCCUCCUCCUAGAGGGGAGUGUCAGAGUGGUACACUACAGAUCAUAAUGUGUUUGUUUUAAAAUACACCAAGUUCCAUGGAAAGUCUAUCUCAGAGGUGUCAAGUCCUACGUGUGAUGUGAUCAGUGAUUCAGCAGACUGGACAUUGGUCCAGGAUGUUGUCUGAUUGGAGGUUGACCUGGACUCAUGACAUGCCGACACCCCUGUGAUCAUUUAUGAGGCUUCAAAAGUCACAUCAGCCUGUUUUUAAAGGCCUAUUUAUUGUCAUAAUGAUGACAUCAUAAUUGAUACAUUAAUAAUAUGUGUUUUGUAGGUCGUUAUAGGCCCUGUUUGCUCUGUUUAAUGACUUGUUUACAGCUCUGCAUAGUGCAGCUAAUGUGAACUGGGUAUUACUAUGUACUUCUUUUCAUAUUGAUGGCCUUGUCAUCGAAGAAAAUAGCUAUUGUAUAGUUUGAUAAAAUACUGAUCUAACUAAUAAUAAUAUUUAAUUAUCUAUUUAUUUGGUUUGAUUUGCGUGUGAAAUGUCUGAGCAUUUGAAGGCUUUAGAAUGCUUAUGAGUGAAUGAGGAAGCCUGUAUUUAUUUACUUUGGAUAUUUUAUAGAUAUUGUCUCUUUAUAAGUCUAAUA